CGCUUGCGCAUUUUGUUCAUAACUAAAGUUUAGGUUACCUUGUACCUCUCCCGUUUUAUUAUAAAUAUAAUUCUUAAUAUGCUCAUUAUUUAACUUUUUUACUUUUAUCAUAACGUAUUUUUUAUCAACCCGUAACUAAAUUAAGUUUACAAUGAUUUUAUUCAAGCCAAAGUUACACAUACAGCAUAUCAAUGCCAUUCUGAAGCACCAACUCCCAAAAUCAGUGGAUGCAAGCAGAGUCACUCUGGCUUAUUUUGCAUUAUCUGGUCUGGAUAUCCUGGACAAAUUGGAUGUGAUACAAGAGAAUGUUGAAGGAUACAUCAACUGGGUUUAUCAUUUGCUAUGUCUGCAAAAUGAUGCUGCUGGCUUCCAAAACUUUGCCACAUUCAACAACAUAGAGUAUUACUGCUCAGGUCAUAUAGCAGCAACAUAUUCUGCUCUCAAUAUAUUGCUUAUUCUAGGUGAUGACCUCAGCCGAGUCAAUAAAGAUAGUAUUAUAAAGUCAUUAAAAUUAUUGCAAUUAGAAGAUGGAAGUUUUAUGGGGUCUGGAAGUGGUUCAGAGAAUGACAUGAGGUUUGUCUACUGUGCAGCCAGUAUAUCAUAUAUUCUAGAUGAUUGGUCAGGCAUCAAUGUUGAUAAAGUUGUUGAUUUUAUUUUAAAGAGUGUUUCAUAUGAUGGUGGAAUUGGCCAAGGCCCAAAUUUGGAAUCCCAUGGCGGAUCAACGUACUGCGCAAUAGCCACACUAGCCCUAACGAACAAACUGCACAAGUUAUCAUCGUCACAAACGCACAAUUUAAUCGCAUGGCUGCUACGCUUACAAGAAACAGGAUUCAAAGGCCGCCCGAAUAAAGAAAACGACACAUGUUACACCUUUUGGGUGGGCGCCACCUUAAAACUCCUCGAGAGCUAUGAUCUAGUAAACAAAAAACUCCUAAAGAAUUUUGUUCUAUCCUCACAGGACUUCCGCGUUGGCGGAUUUAGCAAAUGGCCCUCUUACGAGCCUGAUAUCCUGCAUACCUACUUCAGUCUCGCAGGAUUAUCGCUAAUGAAGAUGGAAAAACUAAACGAAAUCGUACCAAGUCUGAAUAUGACUCAACGCGCCGUCGGACACCUCAUGGACUUGCACAAAAAAUGGCGAGGGACGUAAAUUAUGUAAACGCAUUGUACACGUUGAAAAUUCACAAGAAAAUAAAUACUAUAUUAACAUGUU